AUGCCGACGAGCUUCACGGUGGUGCCGGUGGAGGCGCAGGGCGAAGAGCGGCAGCGGGAUGGGCAGCAGCGAGAGGAGGAAGAUGAAGGCGACGAGAGAGACCAGGGCACUGGGGAUGGGAUUGCCAGGGAAAGUAGUCCAUUUAUUAACUGUGCAGAACUGGGCAGAGGAAGCAUGUAUGAAGGAAAGAAUAUGGCUCUCUUUGAGGAAGAAAUGGAUAGUAACCCCAUGGUGUCAUCUCUUCUGAAUAAACUAGCAAACUACACUAAUCUGACUCAAGGAGUGGUGGAACAUGAAGCAGAUGAAGACAGCAAACGAAAGGAAGUGAAGGGUCCACGAAUGGGCACCUUUAUUGGUGUAUAUCUUCCCUGUUUGCAAAACAUCUUGGGAGUUAUCCUUUUCCUGCGUUUAACAUGGAUUGUAGGAACAGCUGGAGUUCUUGAGUCUUUCAUCAUUGUGUUCAUGUGUUGUGCUUGUACUAUGCUAACUGCAAUUUCAAUGAGUGCUAUAGCAACAAAUGGUGUAGUUCCAGCUGGAGGCUCUUACUACAUGAUUUCAAGAUCUUUAGGGCCAGAGUUUGGUGGAGCAGUGGGACUUUGUUUCUACUUGGGUACAACCUUUGCAGGAGCAAUGUAUAUUCUUGGUACCAUUGAAAUUUUAUUGACCUAUAUUUCUCCCAGUGCUGCUAUAUUUAAAGUGGCAGAUGCUGGUGAAGAAACAGAGGCUAUGCUGAACAACAUGAGAGUCUAUGGAACAUGUAUUGUCAUUCUGAUGGCCAUAGUAGUCUUUGUGGGAGUAAAGUAUGUCAACAAGCUUGCACUGGUCUUCCUUGCCUGUGUGAUUCUUUCCAUCAUUGCCAUAUAUGCUGGAGUUAUUAAGACUGCUUUUGACCCACCUGACUUUCCUAUCUGUCUCCUUGGAAACCGUACAUUGUCAAAACGCAGCUUUGAUGUCUGUGCCAAAUUUACUGAAAGCAAUAACGAAACAAAGACUACACCUUUGUGGCUCCUGUUCUGUGAUAGUUCUUUGCUUAAUGCUACAUGUGAUGACUACUUUAGUCUCAAUAAUGUAACAGAAAUUCAAGGAAUACCAGGAAUAAUGAGUGGAGUUCUAACUGAUAAUCUCUGGAGUGCCUAUUCAGAAAAAGGAUCAAUAGUUGAGAAAAAAGAUCAGCCAUCAGUUGCUGGAUCAGAAGAAUCAAAAAUGGGUGGACUUCCUUAUGUUUUUACAGAUAUCAUGACCUACUUCACAAUGCUUGUAGGGAUUUAUUUCCCAUCUGUGACAGGUAUUAUGGCAGGAUCAAAUAGAUCUGGAGAUCUAAAGGAUGCUCAGAAAUCUAUUCCUACUGGAACAAUUUUGGCUAUUUCAACUACAUCUUUUAUUUAUCUCUCCUGUAUAGUGUUGUUUGGCGCCUGUAUAGAAGGUGUAAUAUUAAGAGAUAAGUUUGGAGAAGCAGUUAAUGGAAAUCUGGUGGUUGGUACACUAGCCUGGCCUUCUCCAUGGGUUAUUGUGAUUGGUUCAUUCUUUUCAACAUGUGGUGCUGGUCUCCAGAGUCUCACUGGUGCACCCCGGCUAUUGCAGGCCAUUGCAAGAGAUGGCAUUGUACCAUUUAUUCAAAUAUUUGGCCAUGGAAAAGCAAAUGGAGAACCAACUUGGGCUCUGCUUCUCACUGUUGGUAUUUGUGAAAUAGGAAUUUUGAUAGCCUCAUUGGACAGUGUAGCACCGAUUCUUUCAAUGUUUUUCCUUAUGUGCUAUAUGUUUGUAAAUCUGGCUUGUGCAGUUCAGACGCUUUUGCGAACUCCCAACUGGAGACCUCGUUUCAAGUAUUACCACUGGACUCUUUCAUUCGUGGGGAUGAGUUUAUGUCUUGCCUUGAUGUUCAUUUGCUCUUGGUACUAUGCUUUGAUUGCCAUGCUAAUCGCAGGAUGUAUAUACAAAUACAUAGAAUAUAGAGGAGCGGAAAAAGAAUGGGGCGAUGGAAUCCGAGGACUGUCUCUGAAUGCAGCUCGCUAUGCUUUGCUUCGUGUUGAAGACGGUCCUCCUCACACCAAGAACUGGAGACCUCAACUUUUAGUCUUGUUAAACUUGGAUAAUGAGCAGUUAGUCAAGCACCCUAGAUUGCUUUCUUUUACCUCUCAGUUGAAGGCUGGUAAAGGACUGACUAUUGUGGGUUCUGUGCUUCAGGGAAUCUACUUAGACAAAUGUACAGAAACUCACAAAGCUGAAGAGAAUGUUAAGGCCUUAAUGGGUGUAGAAAAGACUAAAGGAUUUUGCCAGAUUGUGGUAUCUCCUAACUUCAGAGAUGGAAUAUCCUAUUUGAUUCAGUCAGCUGGUCUAGGAGGGAUGAAGCACAACACGGUCCUGAUGGCAUGGCCACAGUCAUGGAAGCAGGCAGAAAAUCGUUUCUCAUGGAAAAAUUUUGUUGAUACUGUACGAGAAACAACUUCAGCUCAACAAGCACUUUUGGUGGCUAAAAACAUUGACUUAUUUCCAACAAAUCAAGAACGUUUUACUGAAGGAAAUAUAGAUGUGUGGUGGAUUGUUCAUGAUGGUGGUAUGCUGAUGUUGCUGCCUUUCCUCCUUCGACAGCACAAGGUUUGGAGAAAAUGUAAAAUGCGUAUCUUCACCGUUGCUCAAAUGGAUGAUAAUAGCAUUCAAAUGAAGAAGGAUCUUCAGAUGUUCUUAUACCACCUUAGACUAAAUGCUCAAGUGGAAGUCGUUGAAAUGUUUGAAAACGAUAUUUCUGCAUUCACAUAUGAGAAGACACUUAUGAUGGAACAGCGAUCUCAGAUGCUAAAACAGAUGCAGCUAUCAAAGAAUGAAAGAGAAAGGGAGGCUCAGCUGAUCCAUGAUAAAAACACUGCCCCACGCUCUGCUCCAGCAGUUGAAGCAAGUGUAGCUGUUGCUGUGCCAGAGAAAGUGCAAAUGACCUGGACUAAAGAAAAGUUUGUAGCAGAAAAGCAUAAAAACAAGGAUUCCAAUGUGUCUGGCUUUAAAGAUAUUUUCAACAUGAAGCCAGAAUGGGAAAAUCUGAAUCAGUCAAAUGUGAGAAGAAUGCACACUGCUGUGAAGCUCAAUGGAGUAGUGCUUAAUAAAUCACAGCAUGCUCAGCUAGUCCUCCUGAAUAUGCCUGGACCUCCUAAAAACAGAAAAGGGGAUGAAAACUACAUGGAAUUUCUGGAAGUUCUGACAGAAGGUCUAGAUAGAGUUCUCCUAGUCCGAGGCAGUGGACGUGAAGUGAUCACCAUUUAUUCUUAAUCUGUUUGCAUGUGUUUUUCAAACACAACAGACCCCCCACCAUAGGAAAACAAAGUUUUUGCCAUAAUUUGAGCAGCUCUGUUGUCUUCUAGUGCAUUGAAAAUUAGCUUCAAGCUGAAUCUUCUGAUGAUACGGUUUUUUUUUCCUAGGAAGAUAUUCUAUUUAAAUAACAUUUUAAGCAGAUUUAUGUAGAAAAUUAAUAAAUGGUGAAUUAAUAAAUGGUGAAUGGCUUAGGAUAUUUAUAUGUAGCAUAUUCUGACACUUCUUAAGCUGUGGUAAAACAAAAAACAAUUGGUAAUGCAAUCAUGUUUUUGAAGAUAUAGAAAUGUCAGUGAUUUUUGAUUAUUUUAAUCUUUGCUCUGCAUCUAAAUAAAAGGGAAGGGUUUUAGAAAAGGUUGUCUUUUUUUCUUACCAAAAUGCUGCUAUGUUGCUUCUUUUGGAAUUAGUUGUGGUUCAGGAGCCUUCCUUCAGAGUUAUACAGCCAGUCAAAUUUGUUUAUGAAGUGCAUUAAGUGUUUCCCAGAAGUUCAUUAUUUGCCAUACCUGUUAAAAAUAACAUUUCUGUAUUUAAAAUACUUAGGUAGCUGAAACCUCCGGAUGAUAGUAAACAGAUAAGCUGUGUGAGUUCUUUUCUAUGAGGUACUGGCAGUUACCAUUAUUUUGCAUGCAAUAAUGAAAGUGAGAGCAUCCAACUUACAGGAAAGCUAUGGUGCAGGAACUCCACCUGAUUCCAAUUUAAUUCAACAGUUGAUAAACCACCACAAGGUGGUUAAUGAAAUGCAGUCUCUUGUUUUCAAAUAUUUAUAUUUUGAAAAUGUUGUAUGUAUGUGCUGCUGUUUGAAAUAAAAUCUGCUUUUCUGAACUGAA